CGGAGGCGGGUGGAGAGAGAAAAAGCACCGGCAGUGUGUGAGGUGAGCCACAGCUCGUUCAUCGUGGGAUUGUUGAGCUGCGGAGCUCCUCGGAUUUAACCAACAGACACUCACCUCCGUUCGGUCUGACCAGCUGCUAAAUAUCCCGGACCCGCCGUGCGCCCUGCAGCGCUCCGUGGCUGCCCCCCCCUUCGCCCCCCUCCCCCCGUCUGAAGCGGAUACGAAAAGACCCUGCGAGGGGACCAGACCAAAAAAAAAAAACAACAACUAAAAACUUUUUCACCGUGGUUCUCAAAGAAGUGCCAACAGUAUGCCUAAACAAGUUGAAGUGAGGAUGCACGAGAGUCACCUGGAGCCCAUCGAGGCCAGGCCUCAGUCCAAAUGUGCCAGAAUGUGCUCCAAGCUCUUCAAGAACCUCCUGCUCACACUCACCGUCCUCGGUGUGAUCUUGGGAGCAGUAUCAGGGAUGUUGCUUCGUGUCGCCUCCCCGAUCGACCCGGAUAUUGUCAUGGUGAUUUCUUUUCCCGGAGACAUCCUGAUGAGGAUGCUGAAGAUGUUGAUUCUGCCACUGAUCAUCUCCAGUUUAAUCACAGGUCUGGCUGGUUUGGAUGCCAAAUCCAGCGGUCGCCUGGGAACCAGAGCUAUGAUCUACUACAUGACCACAACCAUUAUUGCUGCUGUACUGGGAGUCAUCCUGGUUUUAGUUAUCCACCCUGGCAACCCCAAACUGAAGGAGAAUCUGGGCGAGGGAGAGAAAAACGACGAAGUGUCCAGUUUGGAUGCUUUCUUCGAUCUGAUCAGGAACCUGUUCCCAGAGAACUUGGUGCAGGCUUGUUUCCAACAGAUCCAGACCGUCACGAAGAAGGUGGAGGUGGUCAUUACGGAGAACAUCAAUGCAACGGCUGUAGACGGCUUGGUUGCCAACAUUACCAAGGAGCCUCAGUUCAUCGUCAAAAAAUCCCUUCAGUUUAAAAGCGGCAUGAACGUUCUGGGUAUGAUUGGUUUCUUUAUUGCAUUUGGCAUCUGCAUGGGCAAGAUGGGCGAGAAGGCCAGACUCAUGCUUGAAUUCUUCAACAUCCUCAAUGAGAUUGUGAUGAAACUUGUCAUCUGUAUCAUGUGGUACUCUCCCUUCGGUAUUGCCUGUCUUAUUUGUGGUAAGAUCAUCUCCAUCAAGGACCUGGAGGUGGUGGGCAGGCAGCUGGGCAUGUACAUGGUGACUGUGAUAAUUGGCCUCAUCAUCCACGGAGCGAUCUUCCUUCCCAGCAUCUACUUUGUUAUUGUCAGGAAAAAUCCUUUCACUUUCUUCCUGGGAAUCUUCCAGGCCUGGAUCACUGCCCUGGGGACUGCCUCCAGUGCUGGUACUCUGCCCGUCACCUUCCGUUGUCUGGAGGAGAAUUUAGGUAUUGACAAGAGAGUCACUCGUUUCGUCCUCCCAGUCGGUGCCACCAUCAACAUGGACGGAACUGCUCUGUAUGAGGCGGUCGCUGCUAUCUUCAUUGCCCAAAUGAACGGCAUCUACCUUGACCCUGGUCAAAUUGUCACUGUCAGUCUGACAGCCACCUUAGCCAGUGUCGGAGCUGCCAGUAUUCCAAGUGCCGGCCUGGUGACGAUGCUCUUGAUCCUGACGGCAGUAGGGCUGCCGACCCAAGACAUCAGUCUGCUGGUUGCUGUUGACUGGCUGCUUGAUCGAUUCAGGACCUCCGUGAAUGUGGUGGGUGACUCGUACGGUGCAGGCAUCGUGUACCACUUGUCCAAGGCCGAGCUCGACGAGCUGGACGCGCACGCAGCCAAAUCCGACGACAUCGAAAUGAUGUCGAAGACCCAGUCUUACUACGACGACAUAAAGAACCACCACGAAAACAAUUCCAACCAGUGCGUUUUAACCACUACCGCCACCACAAGUGCUAGCGCCGAUGCUAGCGCCACUGCUAACAAUUCUGUCGUAGUAGAUGAAUGCAAGGUAACCUCAGCCACUAACGGCUCUGCUGCGGAGUGCACGCUUGUUGAGGAGGGACCAUGGAAACAUGAAUAAUGGCAGCACAGAGAUCCCCUGCUCCUGGGCUCUACAAGCUUUCCUAUCUGGUGAAAAAAAAAAGAGUGAAUAUAAAAAAGUCACACGAACAGAACUACUAACUGUUUUUUAUGUAGUUUUUUUUUUUUUAUUAGUCCCUUUAAAAGUAUUUGUAACUGUCUUAUCUGACUGAUUUAUAAUACUAAUUCACUUAAUUCAUGUGAAAUGAUAACAGAGGUAUACUAGACCUGUUAGAGCACAGUUAUGUCCGUGUAGCAGAUACUUGCACAACAUACAACAACUAGGUUUGGGAAGAAAAAAAAAAGUUAGAUAAACUAAGUCUAGGAAUAUAUUCUAGCCUUACAUUUAUGAGAGAUGCUUUUAAGAUGAGAGAAGAAGUUACAGCAUUAGUUAUGACAACCAACGUGAUCUUUGGACUGAACCGGCUUGAAUUUUCACCCUCUCAGUACCAUUAAAAAAAGCAUAAGGCCACUGAUUUUCCUUAUCAACUCAGUCUCUGACAUGAAAACCAACCUCCCUUUUGAUUCUCCAACUGUCAGUCUUUCAACUGCAUCUGCCCAAUAUUACCUAUGAUACCUAAAAAAAUAGAUGAAAUGGUAGGAGGCAGGCUGAACAGUAAAGAGCAGCCUAACCACACUGAGCCUCAUAACCUACAAGCACAGAUAUCAAAGCACAAAUCAUACUGUGUCGCCAUUUUGUUGUACCCCCUUUUGUUUUAAUUUUUCUGAUGUAAAGAAAAGAGACUUAUUUGUCGUCAUGUAAUCUGUUGAGUGAGAUGUAAAUAUUGUGUGUGUCUGUGUGUGUGAAACACGGAGAGCUGGAGUUAAGAACAUGAUCAACUUAAGUACAGGCAAAAAAAACAACAACUCACAGAGGCCUUUGAACUGCCUCCAUGACGUCACCCAUAACAAAUUAUUCAGUGUUCUAACAUUGAAGUCCAUCAAUAACUCACAAAGCAGUUGAUGUUCCCACAGUUCCGGUUCAAGCCUCAAAGCUAAGAAAAAUGAAACCUCAUACUUUCUCUUCCACAUGAAAAAAAUGGGAUGCCAAUGAAAUUUAAAAGAAAAAUUAGGCGCCAAAGGGAUUGUUGUUAAAACAGAACACUACAGUGAUAAAUUAUUGACAUAAGUGAAUAACUUGUUGCACAGAAAGAGACAGCAGAGAGCACAAAUGCAAUGAAAGAGCACAAAUAAAGCCAAUGAGGAUCAUUUUCAGCUGGAGGCAUGAUUAAAGUCAUGCACAUUAUCGUUUCAUGUCAACACUGAUUGUAUUCCCAGUCCAAACUUAGCGAGUGUCUUCGUGAAAGACGACAUCCAGGAAGCACACAUACAUUUUUCAGACAACACUCCAGCGAUUGAAUGAUCCUCUCAACCAGCGUUGAAAACGCUGCUGAGAGCACGGACACCGUUACUGACAGAGUACACCAGGAUAUUUAUACGGGGGGAGAAAAAAAAGAAAGCAAAAUAAGAAGUAUUGCAAGGUUUGGCCGACAGAUGGAUUCAUGGCUCGCGCAAAACAGACGCUAAUACAACACUUUCCGGGAGGCUUGCCAGCUCCUUGUAUGGUCAGACAACAAUAUCAUUUCAGCCACCAGAGCUCAAGACUGUUUCUACAAACCCUAGAUGCUGCAGCUGUGUGUCCGUAUGGCUUCAUAAGCAUGCUUCAUUUACGUCGUACCAGAAUGUUGCCAACUAUCAGGUAUCCAGAAUAUACUCCUCUCACAGAACACGCAGAAAUACAACUACCUUUUUUUUGGAGAGACGUCUGUAACGUGGCCGUGCAUUUGAUUUCUUUAGCAAUAUUAUGUCCUUCGUUCCUGUCUUGUUUCUUUCCUUUUGAGGUAAAAGACAACCUCGCCUUGAAGAUGUUUCACGCAAACAAACAACAAAGGCCAACAGGAGUGACACUAACAAAACUGUAAGCACAGCACUAUGUCCUUUAGUUUGUGAAACACACUUUCAAACGAUGUCUUUCAACAACUCUUCUUCUUUUUUUAAGCUCGGCUAACACGUGUGCUUUGAUACAACAAAGAGUGCCGCUUGGUGUUCUGCUGUAACGCGGCACAGAGUUACGCUACACAUGAAAAACAAGGAUGCACACACACAAACACACACACACACAUCCACCGUUGUUUUUUAAAUGCACACACAAAUACACACACAAACACUCUUCAACCUGGAAGGUGACUACAUUUCUAAUUGCUGCUGAGAAAAGCACUAAUUCCCCAUCAGGCCGUAUGAGCCUGAUCUUUCAAACUUGUGAUCUUCAGAAAAGGAAAAAAAAAGAUCUCUCCAGUUUGGAGACGACAGAGAUCAUAGCAUCAUCAUCGAGGGGGAUCUAGUGUUGGAUGAUUAUUAUGUUCAAACUCAGAAGCAUGAAUAAAAAAAAAAGAAAUGAAGAUUAUUUUUUGCACCACUAUCUUAAAAGCAUGAUAUUUUGAAGUGCCUCCUUGCACUUUGUGUAUAUAUUGUAGGUAACAGAUGUUUUUUGUUUGUUUGUGUUUUAUCCUUUUGAUUUUUUUUGGGAGGGGGGGGGGCGUUGAAAUGGUAUCUAGGAAUAGAGUUUCAUUGCUGUGACAUUUUUAAUGUAAUCCUAUAGAAAGAAAUAUAUCAUAUAUGUCCUGAGUAAAAUUAGAUUAGACAAAAUGUAUGGAGAGGAAAUGGUGUAAUAACUUGCUUCUUGUUUUUCUGUUCUCUUGUAGCUGUUAACUAGAUGUUUUACUUACCUGUCACACACAAAUAUAUAAAUAUCUUUUUUAAUCUAA